GAUUUGAUUAGCAGACUUGAACAUUAUCAAGAUUUAGAGCCUGAACUCUUUAAUAAGGCAAUUCAUUUUGUCAACGAAAAUGUAAUCCCCAUGGUACAGCGACAUGCGAUUAGCGGACAAGCUCUCAUACGAACAAACUCACAUGAGCUUGAAAACCAACACCUUGUUGACAUGAUCAUGGACGUUCUUUCUGAACGAGGUUAUCAUGUAAUGUUCGACGACAGAGUUCGGGAGACACCCGUAAAAGUCAAUCCUGAAACAUGGGAUAUCAUUCUUGAGAAGCGACACAAUUACAUGUUUAGCGUUCGAUUCCCCAAACAUAUCAUCCAACCACUCGAUCAGAAGAUCUAA